AUGAAGCUUCUAUCGCUUCUUUUACCUUUCCUUCCCCUUGCUUUCUCCCUUUCCACAAUCUACUGGCCCGUAACCAAUCCCUCCGAGACCAACCCAUGGGUGAUCGGUAAUAAAAACCUGGUAGCUUGGAAAACGGGUGGUGGAACAGGCAUAGAAUCAUUUGAUAUCCAACUGCACAAUUCCAACCGUACCAUCAUGGUAGGAUUUUUACCAAUCGCUCUGAGAGUACCCAUGGAGAAAUUACCGGGGAAGAAAUAUUACGGCGGCGAGCUCGAAGUGGAUUUGGUAGAAGGACUACCAACAGGGGAUGGAUUUUUCUUGAUUUUCAUGAACACUUAUCAUGGAGAGGUUUAUGCUAAAUCACCCAAAUUCUCCAUCUACGCUACCAAACCCGACAACUACACCGAUCCUGAUCUCCCAACCGCCACCGUGACGGCAACACUGACAACCGUUCCUAAUCCAACUCAACAAUGGGCAAUGACAUUGAACGGUAUUGACCCCGAUGCGACCGGGUCCGCUGUAACCAUCGCAGGUAACGCUGGAAGUGGUACAUAA